CGCCAGGUGCGUCGCAGAGGACGAGGCGGUCUGGAUACGGCGACGCGCCGCUCGGACGUCCAAGGUGAUAGAAGUCAACUAAUACUCUACUUCAGGGCUAUUAUAUUCUUCCCAGAAAUAAUAGGAGGCUGCUUGUGCCAUGCGCUAAUACAGAGGGUUUGUGAAGACAUUUUCAGCAGUGGUCAUGGUUCCCAGUCCACAGAGCCUCCAGAUUGCAACACCAAGUCCAUCUCUAAAGCCCUUUAUGGAACAGAUGGAAUAUACUUCCUCCACACGUCAGCCAAACAUAAAAAGAAAGAACAACGGAAGAACUACACCAAAAACAGCAUCAACAGCAUGACGAACACCUCGCAGUACCAUGUUGAGCACCUGACCACAUUUGUUCUGGACAGGAAGGAAGCCAUGAUCAACACUGAGGAUGGAAUCAGGAAGCUCCGCCUGCUGGAUGCCAAGGGGAAGGUAUGGACCCAGGACAUGUUGCUGCAGGUGGAGGAGAAGACAGUCAGCCUCAUCGACCCAGAGACCAAGAAUGAGUUGGAGAACUUUCCCUUGGGGACCAUCAUGCACUGCCAGGCAGUGAUGUCAUCCUGCAACUACGACUCCAUCUUGGCUCUGGUGUGUAAGGAGCCAGGCCAGGGCAAACCAGACCUGCACCUGUUCCAGUGUGAUGACAUCAAGGCCAACCUGAUCCAGGCUGAUAUAGAGGGGGCCAUGAUGGAUCAGAAGGGAGGCAAGGUGAAGAAGAGGCCUGAAACACUACGGAUGAUUCUGAAGAGUGACGGGGUCAUCCCGCCGCCCCCCGUGGCGCCCGCCCCCGAGCCCCCCGCCACCCUCACCCAGGUGGACGUGAGGAGUCGUGUGGCAGCCUGGUCAGCCUGGGCGUCGGAGCAGCAGGACUAUGAUAAACAGCCUCAGUAUUCUGACCAGAAUGAACCUUCAGAGAUGAUGGCUACCAGAGUGGAUCGAGACGUGCAAAUCCUGAACCACAUUCUGGACCACAUCGAGUUCUUCGUGACCAAACUGCAGAAAGCGGCUGAGGCCUUCAACGAGCUCUCUAAGAGGAAGAAAUCUAAAAAGAACAAGAAGAAGGGACCCGGAGAGGGAGUGCUAACACUGCGAGCCAAGCCUCCCACUCAGGAGGAGUUUGUUGACUGUUUCCAGAAGUUCAAACAUGCCUUCAACCUGCUGGGGAAGUUGAAGUCCCACAUCCAGAACCCCAGCGCUGAUGAUCUGGUCCACUUCCUGUUCACACCACUCAGGAUGGUGAUCCAGACCUCUGGAGGGACAGAGCUGGCUAAGAGCGUGGUGGUUCCUCUGUUGACCAUAGAGGCUAUAGACUUCCUGCACUCAGCUGGGACGCCAGAGGAAAGACACCUGUGGGUUGCCCUGGGGGAGGGGUGGACCAAGUGCAGGUUGGAGUGGCCUAAGGACCACUACUUCCCUCCGUGUACGCUGCAGUUCCGUGAUGGUUGGGAACCUCCCAUGAUGCCGUUCGUCCCCCAAUCACGAGAGGCAGAGCUGAAUCAGCUGACCCAGACCCUCGCCCACUCUGAGAUCCUUAGACAGGAGGAGAUGGUUCACAGGCUGUCUACUGAGGUACCCCCUAUCAAUAAUGACAGUCCCUUCAUCAAUAAUGACAGUCCCUUCAUCAGUAAUGACAGUCCCUUCAUCAGUAAUGACAGUCCCUUCAUCAGUAAUGACAGUCCCUUCAUCAGUAAUGACAGUCCCUUCAUCAGUAAUGACAGUCCCUUCAUCAGUAAUGACAGUCCCUUCAUCAGUAAUGACAGUCCCUUCAUCAAUAAUGACAGUCCCUUCAUCAAUAAUGACAGUCCCUUCAUCAGUAAUGACAGUCCCUUCAUCAGUAAUGACAGUCCCUUCAUCAGUAAUGACAGUCCCUUCAUCAGUAAUGACAGUCCCUUCAUCAGUAAUGACAGUCCCUUCAUCAGUAAUGACAGUCCCUUCAUCAGUGUACAGGACUUCCCGUCUUCACAAGGGUAUGCAUUGGACAACAAGGCCUACAAACGCAUGCACCUCUCGGACCAGGGCACGGCCGUGCAGGCCUUCAACCAGGCCGUCUCACGACACGUAGACCGGAACUACGAUGCCCACGGCAGCAGAGGUCAGCCGAAACUGUUUGCCAAAUCCAAGUAUGACUUCGUGGCCAGAAACAACACGGAGCUGUCAUUGGUACAGGACGAGGUUGUGGAGGUGCUGGAUGACAGGAAGCAGUGGUGGAAAGUGUGUAACUGCUCCGGGGCGUCUGGUUAUGUGCCAAACAACAUCCUGGAGGUCACCAAGGCUGUGGACGUCACGGUGCGGGGGGAACCCAUCUAUAGCCAUACUAUACAGCUAAUGAUGCCAAAGAAGGAGUUUGAGUUGUUCAAGCAAUUACUGGGAGAGUUGAACGAGAAACAGCGGACGGACUACGUCCCCAAACCCAUGGCCCCCCAUGCCCCCCAUCCCCACACCCCCAUCCCGACACCCCUCCCUCCUGCCCCUCCACGUCUCCCCACCCCUCCCCUGCCCCCCCGGCCGAACCCCCCCCGCCCCCUCCCAGCACGGGAGGAGGGGAGGAAGUCCAACAUGGAGGAGGUUCAGGACGAGUUGAUGCACCGCCUCACGUUGGGUCGAAGCGCCAACAAGAAGUUUGCUGUUCCUGCUCGCAGCACCUCCCUCCCGUCCGUCAACAUCACGUACGACUCCUCCCCUGACGAGGUCAAGGCCUGGCUGCAGCUAAAGGGGUUCGGCUCUGUUACCAUUACCAGUCUGGGAGUGUUAACCGGAGCCCAGCUGUUCUCUCUAAAUAAGGAGGAGCUGAAGACGGUGUGUCCAGACGACGGGGCCAGGGUCUUCAGUCAGGUGACCGUCCAGAAGGCUGCUCUGGAGAGCAGUUCAGGGUCAGAGCUGCAGGAGAUCAUGCGGAGACGCCAGGAGAAGCUGUCGGUCACCGCCUGUAACUCAGGGGUCAUGUGACGAGUGCAGCAGCCACUGAACCCUCCGGGCCUCGCCCAACCUCCCUCAUGACCACGCCCCUUUACGUUGUCACGGUUUCUGUUUCCAGGACGCCACGGAGCGCGCCCAGUUCGCCGAGAUCCUGAGACGACGUCAGCAGCUUCUGGAGCAGUCACCUUAGAAGAGAAGCAACACUAGACAGACAGACUGGAAGGUUCAACAUGGACUACAGCACACAGAGUUAGCAUCCCAACUGGGGAGACCUGAUGACAAUAC